AUGUCACAAAAUAACAAUUCAUCUGUUCAACCGUUACAUCCAAUAUUGGAUAGUAAAGAAAAUGUCACAAAAGCUAGAGUUCAUGAGCUAGCUGUUCAACAGAAAUUGAAAUACGUAUCACCUUCAGAUAAAAAAGAAAACUUGUCACCAACUUCAAAGAAACUAAUGGAUCACAAAUUGAAGCAUCUUUACAAAAACCCAGUGAAGAAACUAUCAGGAUUGAGAUUAGAGGCUGCUGUUUCAUCAGAUGAGGAGGAAUAA